ACAAUCUGACGUUUCGUUUCCACAAGUCUGACAAGCGCAUGCACAAGUACGCUGGAAUCGUCAGCGUUUGCAACGUGAUCAGCUUAGCAUUGAUCAUUGUCGGCGUUUCUACAAGUCGAUGGAUCACCAGCGACGUGUCAGGAGGUGGAGAGAGCAACAGAGGCGACAUCUCGUUUGGUUUGUUUAGAAUUAGCUAUUCCAUCAGAUUCAAAGAGGCAGAUUACAGAGAGGAGGAAGACAAUGUUACUUCUUUCUAUGAUGGUGUGUUUACCUUGUCGUUCUACAUCGCCUGUGUCGCUUUCAUCUUCAUCGCAUUGCUCUUGACACUUGCAUCACUCUGCCUCGCCGUCUUCAACACGUUUGAUCUACCCAAACGCAAACUGACCGGACCACUGGUGAUGCUCACAUUGAACUGCGGUGCUUUGAUAUCUGGUGUGAUUGGGUUUGGUCUGUUCGUUGCCGUCUACCUGCAAGACAUGGAUAAUGUUUUGUCGAUGGAGCAGCAGACGUUGUUUCCUACCUUCACAACUGAUGCACGAUUUGGUUACUCGUUUUAUGUGUUGGCGGCCGGCGUGGUCAUGUUGUGUGGUGGUAUCGCUCUAUCGCCUUUUGAGAAGAAAUAUCAGCAAGAGGUUCACAGACAUGAUAUACAGAGACGUGAUCGUGAGUGGACACCACAACGUGACUCUGUGAUAGAACAGUUGGAGAUGAUAUCAGAUGGACUUCCAGACAUGAUGAUAUUUACGCAGUGCAGUGCAUUUACUGUGCAACUAGAGAAACGCCCUGUACUGUGUACUCCCUAG